GAUGUUAUGUUUGAUUUGAUAAGCCUAAAUUUUGAAAAUUUCAGUCCUGCUACAUUAACAAUGUCGGAGAAUGAGAGUGAGAAUACCAACGUCUUCUCCGAGUUCCUUUACGAUAUUGGAGACUUCUUUUCGGGCAACGAUCGUAAGCAGGAGAAGCAGUUGCAGGCAGAUCUGCGAGCCGCACAGGCUGCCGACUUGGAAUUCCACAAAAAUGAGCUGGAAGUAUCUGAAAGACAGGCAGAUGCGAAUCGCAGCCGACUUUCUGCUUUAAGUAGUAUGUAAUCUCUGACGCUGGCACACCGUUUGACCCACUUUUUAACAAGUCAAAAAACUCCCAGAAUCAAAGAAUAUAUACUAAUUUAGCUCCAAAUAUACCCAAAUCUCCCUGUUUAAAUAUUCUCAUUUUCUCCAAAUCUCCCUAUCAUACACAGUAGUCAAGCUUCGACCCACUUUUUCAAAAUUUUAAAACAAUCAUUUUUUAAAGAAAAAUUAAACUUUUAGUUACAUUUACUCAUUUUUCAAAAUCUCAAAGUAACCAUUUUUAAAAAUAUUUAAACAGGGAGAUUUGGGUAUAUUUGGAGCUAAAUUAGUAUAUAUUCUUUGAUUCUGGGAGUUUUUUGACUUGUUAAAAAGUGGGUCAAACGGUGUGCCAGCGUCAGA